AUCACGUGACACACCGAGGUCGCAAACGCGCUCACCGCCUUUUUCAGCCAACCGCCAUCACGUUUUCAUGAGGGCGUCGGCGUCGUCAUGCCUGCGCCUGCGCAGGCUAUUUCAUCUUAUGUCGAUAAAAUUCUGCGUGGAUAUGAGCCUCCUGGGGGGUGGAAACCACAGCAGCGGCUGGCGAGGGGCAUUUCCGAUGCACAGGUUCCCCCAUUGACGGAGAAAGAGGACAUCUCGAUUCUCGCCUGACUGGAGGCAUAGCGUUUCAGAGCCAGAAAAGGUGAAGAAUCGCUUCCAGCCAUAUCACAUGGGCCUGGGAAGACUUGCAGUUCACAGACUCCCUGAACUUUCUUCGCUACGUACGUGGCGCCUUUCAUCACCACUUCACCACCGCCUUCCCUCUUCUCAAUUCGGAGGAAGUAGCCAAAGCAUGGUGACCGGGGCCUCAACCUCGAUAUCUUCUCAUCAAAGUUCCGUGACCAUGACCCGUCCCAUCCACCCCCCGUCAUUACAUUUAUCCUGUCUCUCGUUGAAAGCCAUUGCAUCGCACUCCGUUUUCCUUGCACUGGUGACUAUCGAACCCUGAGUGCUUGCUGAGCCCUUCUCGAAAGCCAUUCGCACGGUACUACCACACCUACGCGGCUCCUAGCACUCCUUCCGCUCCUUCCGCUCCCUCCGCUCCAGACGCCGCACUUUACGCACGUUUUCCAUGGCUGCCGCGCAAAGCCUUCGGUUUGCUCCGCUCCCUCCUCAAUUUACCAUUCCGAACGCUCUUGGCCAGAGUUGGCCCCUUUUUUAUCCGGUCUUGUCAGCGUCAUUCACGCCGCAAGAGCCGAAGCUGACGCCGCCGCCGUCGCCGCCGCCGCCGCCGCUCACGCUCGCUGGAGGGACGCGGCUCCCUCUGCGCUGCGCUCUGUGCCCGCUUCAAGCCUCUGCGUUCUGCGCCGCAGAUCGCGCCGUGCUUUGCGCGACGUGCGACUGGGACAUCCACGCGUCGAGCGCAAUCUUCGCGCGCCACCGCCGAUUCUCCCUCUGCGAGCUCUGCCCGCGCCUCUCCUCCGCCUCCUACUCCGCCGCUCUCGUCACCGCUGUGCUCGGCUUCGCGGCUCCGGCUUCAGCGGCCGCCAAGCUCGCGUCUUCUGCGGCGGCGGCGGCGGCGGCGGGAAGGGCGGCGACUGCCGUCCCGCUGUGCGGGGAAUGCGGCGGAUAUGUCACAGUGGCAGUGGCGGCAUGCAAUACCGGCCUGGGCGGGUCGCGCAAUCUCCCCCUCCCCACGCCUUCCCGUGGCAAGCGGAAUGCUACCCGCGCUCCCACAUUGCAUAUGAUGGUGGCGCGGGGCAAGCAGGAGGGCCCAUGCGGCAAUGGCCUCGCUCCCGCAGCGGCAGCGGCAACAAGAGCGGGCUGCGGAAGUGGUGCAGCAGCUGCACCCGCGGCGGCGGCGGAUCUUUCCCCCCUGCUCCGCGCAGUUGCGACCCCCCUGCCUCUUCUCCCCAACGAAAGCACCUCCAGCUGCGCCAGCUGCCCCUGCAGCUCCAGCGCCUGCCACAGCGGCGGCAGCAUCACCAGCAGCAGCGGCAGCGGCAGCAGGCUCCGCUUGUCCAAUCAAGAAACAUGUGAACAUCCUAAUGGAGGUGUUACGGAUGGUGAUAAGGCAGCAGCAGCAGCAGCAGCACCAGCAGCGGCAUCAGCAGCAGCUUCAGCCGCAGCAGAGCACACGCCAACGCCGUUUUCUUUCCCAGCCACCAACUGGGGGUCGUCAGAACGGUUUGCCCCUGGCCGUGCGUGGCUCUCCCUGGCACCUCUGCAGGACUAUUCCGCACAGGCCGACGCAGGGGAGGAAGCGGCUCAAGUGGUGCAGACACCGGCACACGACGGGCCGCAACUGGCUGCGAAUGAGCAGAGAGUGGUGGAGAGCGCAGUGCGAGCAGGCGCCAAGAGGCCCGCAAAGGUGCUGGGAGCUGCUCUUUGGCCUGUGGAGAAGCGCGGGUGCAGAGAGAACAGGGGGAAAGGAGAGGGGGAAGGGGAGGUGAGUUGGGCGAGGCCUGAGCUGGUAUUGUCGGACAUGGGUAGUGGUGGUGCUGCUGGUGCUGCUGGUGCUGGUGCUGGUGGUGGUGUUAGGCCUGACAGUGUUCUUAGCACCUGCUGUCCACACACGAGCCAUGUUGAAGAUGCAAAGACUGAAGGGAAGGCAGCACCUGCUGCUGCUGCUGCUGGUGCUGGUGCGUGUGGGCGUGCGGAUCAGCUCCUGGGCGCGCACAAAUCCCAGAGGCUGAGAAACGUACUGCACUGCUGGAUGGCCGCACUCACCGACGCCAACCCCGUGCCUCUGCCAGCCCACGCAACGCCAACCUCAGCCUCAUCCUCUUCCUCAGCAGCAGCAGCAGCAGAAAGAGCAAGAGCAACAGAGGAAGCACCAGCCGCAGCCCCAGCAGUGGCCACCACAUGCAACAGAGAGGUGGAGAGCCUGACUAUGCACCUCUUCACACGCCUGAUCACCGCGCACAAGCUCUCCUCCCCCCCCCACUCCCCCUCCACCCCCCUCGCUCUCUCCUCUAUCCGCGUCCUCCUGGCGGCCUCCCUCUGGCUCGCCUGCAAGCUCAUGGUGCACCGCAGGCGCGUGCCGUCGGGGGGGAGGGUGGCGGCGGUGUCGGGAGUGGCGCUGCAGCAGCUGAACCGGGCCGAGGUGGAGCUCAUGCAGGCGCUCAAGUGGGAGCCGCUCAAGGGGUGGGCAAUGGCGAAGGGUUCUGGCUGGGUGUGCUGAUGGCAUGGAGACGAGUUGUUGAUUGGAACGGAUUUUCUGUGUGUUUGUGGCGGAGGUGGCGCAGCCAGGAGUGCUGGUGGUGGUGCUGCUGCUGGAGCUGCAGGUUUAGGUGCAUGUACAGGGUUUCGAUGCGAUGCAAUGAGGGUGUUUCUAGGGGAGGUUGCUCAAAUGGGGCUCCUUCUUGGUGUACAGGGAAUGCUUAUAGAGAGAAUAAUGCUUGCCAUUGAGUGUACAACUUCAAAUCUAAA